AUGUCUGGUGUUAACAAGGCCUGUUGCUCCGUUCCCCCCGUCGUCGCCAAGGGCUACCAGCCCAAGGGUGAAUACCAGACCAUCAAUGGCCUGAAGACAUACGUCACCGGCCCUGCCGAUGCCUCCAAGGCUAUCCUAGUUGUCUAUGACAUCUUCGGUUUCUUCCCCCAGACCAUCCAAGGCGCCGAUAUCCUCUCCACCUCCAACGAGAAGAAGUACCGUGUCUUCAUGCCCGACUUCUUCGAAGGCCAGCCCGCCGACAUCACCUGGUUCCCCCCUCAGACCGACGACCACAAGGCCAAGCUGGGCAACUUCUUCCAGACCAAGGCCGCUCCUCCCACAACCCUCCACCGCAUUCCCAACAUUGUCUCGGAAGCCAACAAGUCCGCUCCCGGUGGCAAGUUCGACUGGUCCAUCGUCGGAUACUGCUGGGGAGGAAAGAUCACCACUCUGAUUGCGGGCAAUGAGAGCAACCUCUUCAAGGCCGCUGUUCAGUGCCACCCCGCCAUGGUCGACCCCAAGGAUGCCGAGAAGGUUCAGGUUCCCAUGGCUGUGCUUGCCUCCAAGGAUGAGAACCCCAGUGACAUUGAGGCUUUCAAGAAUAACUUGAAGAAACCCAACCACGUCGAGACUUUCUCCACCCAGAUCCACGGCUGGAUGGCUGCUCGUUCGAACCUGGAGGACCCUGAGGUUCUGAAGGAGUACGAGCGGGGAUACCAGACCGUUCUGGGCUUCCUGCACGAGCACGCUUAG